AGCACCGUCCGUAAACAUGAAGCAACCAGGAAGUGCUCCAGCAAUUUAAUCGUUGCUCUUGGCAAUGCCUGUUAUGAAACUGUUGGUCACCUCCCUUGGAAAAGCAACCGGGUUCUUAACUCUCAUAGUUAUUGUCAUUGCGGCGGUUUUGAAUUAUUUCGACGACUCUGUUCCGGGUAAAUACACCAGCAUGGCUGAUGACAUGAAGACCCUGGAGGAAAACUUCAAGCAGCAAAAUAAAAGCUGUUUCAUCCUCGGUGCUUCUGGGGAAACGGGCAAGGUGUUGCUUCAAGAGCUGCUGGAGCGCAACGUCUUCUCCAAGAUUACCCUCAUUGGAAGGAGACAGCUCACCUUUGAGGGCAAAGCAUAUGAAAACCUGGUACAAGAGGUGGUGGACUUUGAGAAGCUUGAUGAUCAUGCUGUUGCCUUCCAGGGCCAUGAUGUGGGCUAUUGCUGUCUGGGAACAACCAGAGCAAAAGCAGGGGUUGAAGGAUUCAUCCGUGUUGAUCAUGACUAUGUUCUAAAAUCAGCUGAGCUCGCCAAAGCAGGAGGCUGCACACAGUUCCACCUGGAGUCCUCCAGAGGAGCUGAUAAAAACAGCAACUUCCUCUACCUCAAAGUCAAGGGACAAGUGGAAGCAGAUAUUGAGGCGCUGGGUUUUGACAGAUAUGCCAUUUACAGACCAGGCGUUUUGUUGGUGGACAGGCAGGAGAGUCGGCCUGGCGAGUGGCUGGCCAGGAAGUUCUUUGGUGCCUUUUCUGCUGUGUAUUCUACGUCCAUGGCCAUCCCAAUCCAAGCGGUGGCAAAAGCGAUGGUGUCAAACACUCUGCUUCAACCUGAGCAGAAGAUGGAGAUCCUGGAGAACAAAGACAUCACCAGUCUGGGAAAGAGGACAGGGAAAUAAGAGAGAGCAGGAAAUAGACAGAGCAGAUAUACGGAGAUGACUACAUACUGCAAACACUCAUCACAUCAUCAUCAGGAGUUUCACAGAACUUUAUUUAUUUGUGAGUUUUUCUACUCUCAGGAAACCAAAGGGUGUUUCUGUGAAAGCACUUGACUGUUUUUCAACCUGUGAAGCAAAAUAUUUAAUCUUGAAAUUAUAUAUGGGUUUCUUUUUCUCUGGUCUUUAUUAACAUUGUAAUAUUUUCAUCAGGAAACUAUUGCCAGGCUUUUUCAUGUUCACCAUUUGUGCUCUGAGACAACAGAUUGAACCACUGCCUUAUCAUAAAUCCUUGUGUUUAUUCUGCUCUAGAUUAAAAUAUCGAAUAUAAAAAAGAUAAUAUAAAGAAUAUCUGAUGACUAUAUCUAUACUACACCUGUACAAUUUAUAUUUUUUAAUUUUAGAUUCUUUAACAUGCAGACGCCAUUUAUUUUAUGAGUUUUUAUGAUAACAGCAAUGGAACAAUUUUGAAUAAGCUUUGUUGAUACUGAAUUUUGUCUACAUGUGUCUGAAGCCACACUGUGGUCCUACAAUCUAAGUUACCAGUUAGAGGCCUUAACUGGAAUGUAGAUGAUUAAUAACAGCAAUGAUGAAUUUGAACAUAUGAUCCCUUAUUCAUUUGUUUAUUCUUCAUUUAUUUUUGUUGGGUUAAUUAACAAGACAAAAUCAUCUACUUACCAAACUAUAAAUGUGGUAAUAAUGUCAAAUAUCAGAAUAUGAUGUGAACACGUGUUUAAUGAAAAAGAAGGAGUUUUUCUUUUAUUUGUUUUCAAUUUUCUACCUUAAUUUUAUGUACCCAUUAUUUUUGUUUUGAUGUAUGUCAUUGCUCUAAGUAAAGCACUUCACAUUGCCUUUGUGUUUGAGAGAUGAUAUUCAAAUAAACUUGCAUUUUCUCUGCUUGA